AUGGAACAGACAAUCUCGAAUUUUGAAGACGACACAUCAUAUCGCGUUGAGCGCGGGUCGCCGGAUAUUGAAGGCUUCUGUCGCCACUAUGCCCUGCGCCGGCACAAGUACGAGGAGAAGGCAAACCUAGGCUCCCUCCAGUGCCGAGCAGACUGGGUGAAGUACAUCGGUCCUAUCGAGAGAUGGGGAAGUUGGAAUCCUUACGAAGGUCACUUCGGUUCUGUGGUCCUCCCGCUGUGCAAGCCUGACAGACUUGCAAUCAUUAGUUACAUCUUCGAGUGUAUGGAUAAUCUCACUAUAGAUGCAUUUUUGUACGAUAAUGUUGUUGAGUCGUCUGCCAAAGCAACAUUAAACACACAUGCGGAUAAUAUCGGCCUGGAUGAAACGGAAUACAGAACUAUACGAUCGGUAUCAGGAACAAAACAGAUUCAGUCCAAGAUGAUGCUCGAACUACUCUCCAUUGAUCCAACAUGCGCGGAAGUGGUUCUUGACUCUUGGAAAACGAUGAUCGCUACAACUGCAAGGCAUGAUAAAGCAAAACCGUUCAGUAAUUUAGAGGAUUAUGUGAACUACCGAAUCAUUGACACUGGGGCGCCUUUCGUUGACACGUUGAUGCGCUUUGGCAUGGGCAUCCUGCUGACAGAGGAAGAGAUUGAGACUGUUACCCCUAUUGUGAAACCUUGUUAUGCGGCGCUAGGCUUAGCGAACGAUUACUUUUCAUUUGACGUUGAGUGGAAGGAAUUUCAGGAGAGACAGUCCGAUGAAGGUGCCAUGACAAACGCCGUCUGGCUCUUUAUGCAGUGGAACAAUGUUGAUGUUGCCACUGCAAAGAAACUGGUGUGGGAGGUAACAAACCGGUAUGAGGAAGAAUACCAGAGGCGUGUGGAGGAGUUCAUCGCGGGUGAAGGACGCAAUGCCGCCAAAUUACAUACUUACUUACGAGCGUUGGCCUACCAGAUUCCUGGCAAUAUAGCCUGGAGUUUGCGUUGUCCCCGGUAUCAUCCCGAGCUUUGCGACGAGGCAGGCCGCCUUCUGGAGGAUGAAAUGUGCUCUGAAACGGCAACUAAUGUGUUAGGUCACCCUGUGGAGCAUGAACGAGGCUCGAAUACAACCGGAUCGGAGAAGUCGCCGGUAUGGACUGCCGAUGAUAAUUCCUCGAAAAGGUCCUCGGUAUCUUCUAUUGAUGCAAUCGAGGAAGAAGCUGAGUCACCUAAGCCGGAGCAACUGGGUACGGAGGUAGGAAUCUUCGCAAUUCAUCAUAGUAGAUGUGUCCGAGAAGCAUUCGUUGAUGCGAUGAAUGUUUGGCUGGUGCUUCCGAACGAUGUCGUGAAUCGCGUCAAAUCGAUCGCAGAAACGCUUCAUAACGCGUCUCUAUUGUUAGACGAUAUCGAAGACUCAUCGCCACUCCGUCGGGGUCAACCAGCAGCACAUACAAUUUUCGGCCAGGGCCAAACCAUCAACUCAGCGAAUUACCUACUAAUACAGGCCAUGCAUCAAGUAAGACAGCUCGAUAAUCAGCGGUGCAUGGAUGUUUUUGUCGAAGAGAUGCGGAACCUUUUCAUCGGUCAGAGCUUCGAUCUCUACUGGACUCGACAGGGCGAGUGUCCAUCACAGGAUGAAUACCUGGAAAUGAUUAGUCAAAGCGGUCUCUUUCGUUUACUUACUCGGCUGAUGACGGAAAAGGCAUCGACACAACAUAACAGUACUAUCACACUUGACUCGCUCGUCAGCCUAUUGGGUCAAUACUUCCAGAUUCGCGACGAUUAUAAGAAUCUAACAGAAGACUAUGCAAUCCAGAAAGGCUUCUGCGAAGACCUCGACGAGGGCAAAUAUUCGUUUCCAUUAGUUCAUGCGCUUACCACGCAACCACGAAACUUCCAACUACGUGGCAUCUUGCGGGAAUCACGAAACACGGGAGGCAUGAGUCUGCCCCUCAAACAAUGUGUCCUUGAACAGCUCAAGCAGGCUGGAAGCAUGGAGUAUACACACUUGAUACUGGGUAAGCUAAUGAAGGAUAUCAUGUGUGAGAUUGGGUCCCUUGAGCAGAAGACGGGGUGCUCGAACUGGGUGCUACGACUUUUGAUGACACGACUGCGAGUUUAA